UGGGAUUGCGUCGCCAGCGAAACUAUUCUGGGCGCUGGGACAUCCUUAUUCAGCGGGCCACUCAGUGCCUGAACCAAAUGAUCCAGAUUGCUUCCCACAAGAGACGGAACUACAUCUUGGAUCAGGUACUGCAAACACAUUCCUAUGAUUCCCAGUGAAGACAACUGUGAAUGACCACUGCCGUUUUUCUUCUAAUUUGCUAUUUAUUUAUCUUUCAGGAGGCUACAAUAUGAUUGAGUAGAAGAAGCAGCUUUUGAUCGAAUGUUGUAUAUUGCAGUGUCAGAAAAGUUAUUAAUGUCAAACAUAUUAGCAUUUGCAUUAUCUUGCAUUUCCGAUUACAUUGAAAUUUUCUGUGAGCCUCUCUGAUAAUGAACUGGUAGUCCAAGAUUGUAAUAAGAUGUUGAGAGACAAGUAAUCUCAGCCCGGUGAGUAAGAAAGCACAUUUUGUUGCUGUACUAAUUCUAAAAGAAAUAGAUUUGGUUUUAAGUAGACUUCCAUUAUCCUGUGGGUUGUUGUUGUGGGCUUCUUGGCUUUUCAGGGCAUAGCUGGAUUGUAAUGUAGGUAGAGUUGCAUGUCUCAAACUAUGGAGUCUAUGAGUGUUCUCAGGUAACUGAUGUAUGUCUGUCUAUAGAUCUGAAGCACCACAAAGAGUCAAGACAAAUGUAUAUGGAUCAGCCCAGAGACGGAAAAUGCGUCCUUUUGAAGGGUUUCAGCGCAAGGCUAUAGUAAUUUGUCCCACGGACGAGGAUUUAAAAGAGCGAAUGUUUAAGCAAACCCAUGAGGAAGGGAAGGAUGUGCCUGAUCAUGCUGUUUUAGAAAUGAAAGCCAACUUUGUGCUGCCAGAGGUCGGAGACUUUCUCGAUGAAGUGACCUUUAUUGAGCUGCAAAGAGAAGAGGCUAUUAAGCUAAUCAAGUGGUACAAUGAGGAGGGCCAGAAGGCUGGUCCUCCACCUGAGAAACGCUUUGAUAACAGAGGACAACGUAGACACGAAAGCGGCUUCCAGCUGUACGACAACCACAGAGGGUCAAGAACAGGCCCUGGAGGAAGCUACAGAGGAGGUUAUAAUCAGAACCAGUGGCGAGGGAAUCACAGAGACGGGCGAGAUGGAUCAAGCAGCAGCCAUCAGUCUGGAGGAAGCUACAAUAGCAACCGCUAUAGCUCCUAUAACAAAGAGGGAUAUAACCAAAGCUAUAAUCAGGGUUACAAUCCUGGUUUCCACCAGGGCAACUAUAACCAAGGCUAUAACUACAACCGUUACCCAGAUUAUGGGCAAGGUGACCAUUACAAUCGAGGAUCUGGAGAAUCAUAUAACCAGCAGAACUACAAUCAGCAGUAUCAACAGCAGUGGCAGCAGUAUUAUCAGAAUCAGAACCAGUGGAACCAGUACGACGGUCAAUAUGGGAAUUACUCUGGACAGCAGGGAAGCCAGAGCUCACACGGCUCACAGUAAACAGGAAGUACGCUCUGACAUCACCUCCACUAUCACAGACACCAUGUUAAAGCUUCUGUACUUAAAAUACCUUCUUCCACUUUAACUACCAUAAUUUCUUUUAUUUUCUCUUUCAUACAUCUUGUUAAACCAUUUGCAUAUUUUUCCAAGAGAUGGUAAGCUGACUGUUGUCGAUGAUUGUCAUUGAACUAAAUGACUCAGUGUAAACUUCCCUGAUUCAAUUAUACUAGUUAGUGCAACCAAACCCCUGCGUUUGAAAUAAGAGCAGAGAGAUGAAUGAUUUCUAGAAUACUUAAAAGAUAUUAUUAUUGCGAGGAACUUCUAGUUGCAGUACCACAAACAGCCUGCAGGCGUAGAAACCGCGAAACUCAGCUCUGAUUGUUUUGCUAAAAUUCCAAUUCAUUUGGAUUGUAGAUGCUUGUUGAAUCAACUAUUUUUAGUCUUAAUUUAACCCAUUAAGACGUGACAGUGAAAAGCAUGUAUUUUGUUUAAAUUGUAGUUGUUCAGUGUUUAAUAUAUACUCAUUGCCAGCACAACCACACAAGAUAAGAAGAUGAAGACUGUUAAAAAGUUGCAUCCGUCUUGAUAAUAAAAAAUGUCUGCCAUUUUUAA